AUGACCAGCGCAAAGGCAAAGGACGUCGUUGUCGACUCGUGGGAUGACGAGGAAAUCGCCUCAGAGGAUGAGAAGGACGCGCAAAGCAACACCCCUCAGCCGAUGAACACAAACACAUCCUCAUCCUCAUCCUCAACCAUGCCCGCUGCGCUGGGUACCCCGCCUCCAACGCCCAUCACGCCAACCACAUUGGACCAGGGCAGUGGCCCCGGGAUGAGCUACGCCAGCCGAAGGGAAGCACCACCAGAGCGCAGGCCAGAGAAGACGGAUGCCGUGGCGCGGCGAAUGAUCGCGGCCGGCCUUGGUCUCAAGGCACCCAAGCAGACGGACGAGCAGCGGGAGUAUCAAAAGUCAGUCAGGGAGCAGGAGAAAAGACGCCGGGAAGAGGCACGUCGAGAAGAGGCAAGGAAAAAAGAGGUGGCGGAGAAGGCAAAGGCGGCGAUAUGGGAUGACUGA